GUUGCUCCAAUCCCACAUUCUGCAAUUCCUGCGGCUCUCUUGCGAAAUAUUGUACAUCAAUACCUGUAGAUAGCGUUGAAGUUCCAAAGGUACAACCGGAAAAGCAGAACCCGAUCCAGUUGAGUUGGGUUUCGAAAACUGAAAACUGAAAGCUAACAAAAUUGCUCUAUUUAACCACCGUUGGUCCAUUACGUACAGAGCAACACUUCGAUCUCUCUGCAGUGGAGUCUCGAGGACUCAGGUCAGCACUAUUUCCUUUCAAUUUCUAAUUUUUCCCGGGAAACAGACAGUAUUUAGGGUUUCUGUUUGUUAGUCUCUGUUGAAUGCUCGUCGAAUUUUAUUAUUCUUUCAGACUUUCAGUAAUUCUUUUUGGUGAGAGAGAGAGAGAGAGAGAGAGAGAGAGAGAGAGAGAGAGAGAGAGAGAGAGAGAGAGAGAGAUUGAUGGCUGGUAAGCAAGGGAACCGAAUAUUUGUCGGGGGGUUGUCGUGGAACGUCACUGAGCGACAGCUACACCAUGCUUUCGGCCGCUUCGGCAAAGUUCUAGAAUGUCAGAUGGAUCUUUUUAUAGAAGCUUUGGUCAGAGUGCUUGCAUUCAAGUUGCUGAAACUGAAUGUUAUUCUUGUGAUUAGAUUAAGCAGAUUUAUAAAGUUUUCAAGCCAGGAUAUACUCAAAUGAAAGAUGGUUUUUGUAUGUGGUUGGGAUCCAUAAGAGAAUCUCAUAAAUUUUGAAUGGAUAUAUAAUGAUGUGAGAGCUGGCAGACAAAACAAUUCACAUGAUGUGACUGACUUUGAGAAGUACCAUGGCAGAGCCUACUGAUGUCCUACGUGACUUUUGUGGCUGGGGAACUGAAGAAUAAUAAAAUGAUUGUUGUUUGGGAAAGUGAUAUGUUCACUCAUUCGCUUGAAGAUUUUUAUUUGGUUUAGCCAAAUGAAAGGAUAUGGGUCUUUUUUAUUAGUUGGCUCUCCCAAGUUUUACACUAGUAAGACUGAAUUGUGAAUAUCCAAGCGGAUGUGAAAAAAGGAAAGGUUUUGCAACUGGAUAGGUUGGCCAUACCUUUGUCUUAUGGAUUCGAAGCGAUGGUGCUUCAUGUCAGUUUGGUUUCCGUAUCGGAGGAUCAAAGAGAUAUAUAUAUGAUUUUAAUCAUAAUUUGAUUGAGGUCGCAUCUAUGAUGGUCUUAAGAUUUUAAGUCAAAUUUAGUUACCCCACACACAUUCUGCAGUUUGUCCGAGUCAAUAAGCCCGUUUAGAUGGCAAUGAGAUACUUGUCUGCUAGUGCAGUGGGCUCAUGGUGUCCAAGGUUCCUGCUUUUGAGCCUUGUCCAAGUUAACAUCUCUGAUUUUAGUAAGUAAAUUCAUCUCUACUGUUUGAGCAUGGCUGGGGUUGUGUGGAUGAGCCUUACCUUUGUCUUUUCUCUGUAUGUGAGCUUAUACAGUUCUUGCCUACAGCCCUCAAACUAUCAGUUUCAGUUUUGCCAUGCCAUGUCAUGUCAUGUUUUUGUACUUGGGAAACUAUAGACUAUCCAUACAGUUGGCCUUAAAAUCGCAUAUACUCGUCUCGACUGGAUUGCUGUGGUGCCUGAAACUGUACUCACAUCUACAAUAAAUAUUGAUGCUUCAUUGCUUCAUGACAUGGUAGUAAUGGACGGAUUACUGACUUCUUUGUCUAAAAACAAUUGUUUGGAGUGUAUUGCAUCAUUGUAUGGCUGCCUGAGAUGCUGAAUCUAUUCAAAUCUGGUGUCUUGGUACUCGCAUCUGCUAUCUGCUUUGUGGUCGUCUGCUUACUCCACUCUACUCUUUGACAGUAUUAUUAUAGAUAAAUGCUUUAGCCACAAAGAGAUCCUACAAAAAUAAAUCCACAAACUGACGUGGCUUGAUGGGAUAUGUUAGAUUGUAAAGCUACUUUGAUUGUAAAGUAGAUCUAACAUAUCAUAUGAAGUUAUGUCACUUUGUGGGUUUAUUUUUGUGUGAUGUCUGUGUCUGUAGCACUUCUUUUAUAGUAUCUAAGGGUACACAGAUCUAGUACAUAUCACCCAUUGUCAUGCCAAUUGAAAGUUAUCCGUAUUAAUUGUAAUGCCUAGGCUCUAUUUUCUACAGUUAUCUUUGCUCCGUGUCAGUUAUCUUCUUCAGCUGAAACAGGUUAUUAGUUUCUGUCAUCUUUCAACAGAGUAUCCAAUUGAUUCUUGCAAUCAUUUCGCUUGUUCUGGUUGAUGAACUGCUGAAGAAGGCAGCAGCACAGUGGGAAAAGUUUGGAUGUAUUUUCCAAAAUGAAGACCAUAUCUGAUUAGUUAUAUUGAUGGUAUAUAUUGAUUGUACUGAAUCCAGAAAAGAUUAAUGAUUGAAAGAAAUGUUUGUUUCUUGAGAAUAUUGCUGCUCGAUAUCCACAAGAUGCUUAUUUCUGGGGGAGUUUGAUUUGGACAGCUAGAUGGGUACAUCCAAUAUUUUCGUCUUUAGAUGCUUGUCAUUGAAUAGAUGGCCUCUUGAUUGGAAGAUACUGAAUCUGAUUGUUUGUCGCUGUUGACCAGAGUAGGUGAGAUUUUGUAAUCAUUUUAGGCCGGAUUAUGUGGUGGGUUAAGACCUUUUAUACUCCGAACGUGUACCAUCUGGCCGACUCUUCUGGGUUGUUUAAGAACUCUUUGCAAUGUGAAACACAUUGCAUUCCCAUAUCCAUAGUGGCAAAGAAACAUCAUGUUGGAAAGAGACACAGGCCGACCACGUGGAUUUGGGUUCAUUACUUAUUCUGAUCGUCGGGGAAUGGAAGAUGCUAUCCGGGAGAUGCAUGGACAGGAGUUAGGUGAUCGGGUAAUCUCAGUGAACAAGGCUGAACCCAAAAUGGGAGAAGAUUUAGACCGUGGUUAUAGGGGAGGAGGCUACUUAUCUGGUGGCAGAGGCAGCUAUGGAGGAGGAGACAGGUCUGCUGGGCAAGAUGACUGUUUCAAGUGUGGGCGCCCAGGGCAUUGGGCGAGGGACUGCCCUUUAGCAGGUGGUGAUCAAGGUCGGGGUGGGGGUUCAUUUUCUUCACGGUCUAGAUUCAGAUCUGGUGGCCGUGGGGAUCGCUAUGCGGAUGAUCGAUAUGAUGGAGGUAGGGACCGCUUUGAUAGCAGAGACAACAAAUAUGGGAGCCGUGAUCAUCGCCCUAUCGGUGACAGGUACCCUUCUGGUGGAGAUCGAUUUGCAAGUGAUAGGUAUCGUGGUUCAGAUCGUUACGCUCAAAAUGGUUAUGGCAAAGACACAGGCUAUGAGAGGGAUGGUAGCUCACGCGGGGCCAAUGACAGGUAUGGAAGUGGAGGAGGAUCAGCAAGGACUGAGGGAAGAAGUUACAGGAACAGACCAGGACCUUAUGAACGCCCCGAUGGGGCAGGGCGCCCAUCUUCCUUUGACCGAUACUAAAUGUUUCGCAUGCAGUUGCGUUACGUCGGAGCUCCUGGGUGUAGGUGUAAACGCUUUGUUACGUUUUUGUUAUUUCUAAUGUCAGGAUGUUACAAUUAGAAUGAGCGGUAGGUUUGGUGAAUUCGCUUUGUCUGGUAAUUACCCUUGUUUUCCGUACAAAAAAAAAACGGCUGUAUAAUGAUCAUUCAAUUAUGGAUGGUGCUAGCGGACCGUGCAUCAGUUAACGUUGGGCGUACCGCUAGCACAAAUGGUUAAUUUUUA